CAGACAACUGAGGAUGAUAUUUGAAUCCAUUAAUUGUAUCCUACUUUAUUCCUUAAAGUCUUAGUAACUAUUUCAACUCAGAAUUCAGAUGCACCCAAAGUUCUUGCAUAAAAACCAGAGUCUUCAAAAUAACAGUACAAUAACCUUAGCUAGCCUCACUUAAUGUACUCCCAACUCUUAUGGACGAACCUCACUUAACAACUUCCCUCUUCAAUUGGGCUACCACCAAACUGUUCCAACUACUAAAGGUCAUUUCUCUUGAAAAACAGUCUUAAUCUGAAAGAUGGAGAUACCUGUUUCUCAUGUUCAGAAGUCUUCAAAACCAAAGUCUAUUACAGAACUUCUUAAGGAAAUCGCGAUGUUGGAGCUCGAAGUUAUGCAUUUAGAGAAGUAUCUUGUUACAUUGUAUAAGAAAGCACUUGAUCGUCGUGUAGCAUCACUGUCAUAUAAAGACAUUGUAACAGAACAAAGGAUCAGUUCUGAUCGUUUUCAGAUGCCUCAAGGUUAUGCUGCGAGUAAUACCAUUUGUUUAGAAGAUUACAAAAAUGAAACUAAGGAGCAAGAAGAAUUGCUUGGUUGUAGCAUACAUCGCACUCACUCUUCGUUAUCUCAUCAUUCAGCUUAUCCUAGUCGAUUAUCUCCUUUAGUUGGAAAGGUUGCUGAAGCUGUAAACUCGUACCAUUCUCUGCCUUUGACUCUGCUCGAGCCUGAAGCUUCAAAUGAUGUAGCCAUCUAUGAUUCCAAUGAAGUUAAAGAGACAGCAAACUGGCUUUCGGAGGAGAUGGUCAGGUGUAUUUCAGCCAUCUACUGUGAACUGGCAACAAAUUCUGUCAGCAGUAAAAAUUUCUCAGCAUCACCUGGCAUUUCAUUUCCAUCAUCAAUGAGUGGAUCACCUCGCGCUGAAUCUAAUCUGUGGAGUCCUCAACCUAGGAUAUAUUCAUUGCAGGAUAUACAUUCAGAUGUUCCUUACCAAGUGGGAGGACAUAUUGAAUUUAGUGGACCAUAUCAUCAAAUGGUUGAGGUUGUUCAGGUUCAUAGGGACAGUACUAAACUUAAAGAUAUUGAGCCCACGCUUCAAAGAUUUAGGUCACUUGUUAACAAAUUGGAAGGAGUAAACCCCAGCAAAUUGAACCAUAAAGAGAAGCUAGCAUUUUGGAUUAAUGUGCACAAUGCCCUAGUGAUGCAUGCAUUUCUGGAGUAUGGAGUGCCACACAACAAGCUUAAACGAGUAUCUUUGCUAUUAAAGGCUGCAUAUAGCAUUGGGGGUCAUACUAUUAAUGUAAGCAUGAUCCGAGACUACAUACUGAAGUGCCCAAUGCCUCAUCCAGGACAAUGGUUCCAUCGAAUACUCCAUCUUCAGAAGAAAUUCAGGAAUCGAGACAGAAGAAAAUUUUUCGCGGUUGAUCAGUCUGAACCUCUAACUUACUUCGCCCUUUCCUGUGGAAGCUAUUCUGAUCCCCCGGUUCAGGUAUACAGUUCCCAAGGAGUGUUCCAGGACCUGAUAGCUGCAAGAAAUCAGUACAUAUUGAGCAACUAUCGCGUUCAUAAGAAUCUAAACAAGAUUCUGUUGCCAAAGAUCUUGGAGAAUUAUGCCAAAGAUUCCGGCUUACAUCCACCUGAUUUCAUGAAGAUUCUUGAACAGAUUCUCCCUGCAGAUCUUCAAAGAAACAGGAGUUGUAGUUACACUUUUCGGCAUAAGAAAGGUUGGAAAGGCAUUGAAUGGACUCCCCACGAUUUCAGUUUUCGUUAUCAGUUCCCCAAGGAGUUGUUGCAGUGAUCAUACAUUAGAUGGUUGUUACUUGAUGAGACAUGAACAUAGCGCGAAAGAGAUACUGAUCAAACAGGCUCAAGGUCUUCUGUACUGUCAUUUGGUUUCACAAGGAUGUCAGCCAAUAAUUAUGCAUGAAGAAGACAACACAUUUGAUGAUCUUUUAAUGUUAUUGGACUUGAGCUUAGUUGAUCAUUAUUAUCUUGAUUGAUUUCUGUAGUUUGUGGUUUGAGUUCAACCUCUAAAUAUGAGAAGAUAAGCUUAGGGAAUCAAAGUUGGCAUUUGGUUGGUUGCAACUUUGGCAUAUGUGAGAUUGGCCGGUCUCUUUUGUAGUGGUAAAGUGCUACUCAAGAAAGAUUAGUUUUGUCAGCUGGUUGUGAAAAUUGUUGGAUCUAAAUAUAUUUUGACAAUGAAAUAUUGAAAUAAGAACAUGUUGUGAAA